UCACUGGAACUUGGACUGUUGGUUGAGCAGUAGUAGCAGCCCGCCAUGUCUACCUCUCGCACCUCCUUCAUCAUCGUCUUCUUCUUCACCACACUUACACUCCUCCUCCCCGCCACCCGGGCCCACCCAGAACAACCCGAAGCCGACACACCCGUCACCCGCUUCCAGAACUACCUCCGGAUCAAAACCGCCCACCCGAACCCGGACUACUACGCCGCCGUGUCCUACCUCAAAUCCCAAGCCCACUCCAUCGGCCUCCAUUCCCGCACCCUCCACUUCGCCCCCAACAAGCCCCUCCUCCUCCUCACCUGGCCCGGAUCCGACCCGGCCCUCCCUUCCCUCCUCCUCAACUCCCACCUCGACUCCGUCCCCGCCGAGCCCUCCAAGUGGGCCCACCCCCCUUUCUCGGCCCACCUCACCCCCGAAGGCCACGUCUUCGCCCGCGGGGCCCAGGACGACAAGUGCAUCGCCAUCCAGUACCUCGAAGCCAUCCGCAACCUCCAAGCCUCCAGCUUCCGCCCCAUCCGCACCGUCCACGUGUCCUACGUCCCCGACGAGGAAAUCGGCGGCCUCGACGGCGCCGCGAAGUUCGCGGUGUCCGACGAGUUCAAGGAGCUGAACGUCGGGUUUGUUCUGGACGAGGGGCAGGCCAACCCGGGAGAUGAGAUAAGAGUGUUCUACGCUGACCGGACGCCGUGGAAUUUGAUCGUGAAAGCUAAGGGGAUGCCGGGGCAUGGUUCUAGAAUGUUCGAUAAUAGCGCCAUGGAGAAUCUGAUGGAGAGCGUUGAGGUUAUGACCAGGUUUAGGGAGGCGCAGUUCGACGAGGUCAAGGCUGGGAAUGCUCCUUUUUCCGAGGUCAUUUCGGUCAAUCCGGUUUACAUGAAAGCCGGGAUUGUUUCUGGUGAUGGAUAUGCGAUGAAUAUGCAGCCUUCUGAGGCUGAAGCAGGGUUUAAUAUAAGAAUUCCGCCUACCGUAGACCCGGAGCUUGUUAGAAAGAGGAUUGCUGAGGAAUGGGCGCCGAAAUCCAGGAACAUGACUUACCAGAUAAUUGAGGGUGGACCAACAAGAGACUACAAGGGUCGCCCUUUAUUGACCCCAACAGAUGAUUCCAAUCCAUGGUGGCCUGUAUUCAAGCAAGCUGUCACAGCAGCUGGAGGGAAACUUGCAAUGCCUGAAAUUUUGCCUUCAACCACCGACGCACGGUUCAUGAGACAGCAGGGCAUUCCUACUCUAGGUUUCUCCCCAAUGACAAAUACUCCAAUCUUGCUGCAUGAUCAUAAUGAGUUCUUAAAAGAUACCAUAUUCUUGAAAGGCAUCAAAGUAUAUGAAUCUGUAAUCAGCGCUUUGAGUUUAUUUGAGGGAGCAUCACAUUAGAGAUGCUAUCAGUAUUAAGUUCGGGUGCUCAUGAAGUUCACAUGGUUGCAGUGAUGCACCAUUAUACUGGCUGUGUUGCACUGGCGUGACUCAGGCAGAUUCAAAAGAGGUGAAGGUUUGGAAUAAUGCUUUAACAGCUUUACAAAUUUCCAUAAAUUGCCCCCAUCAAGCUUGCAGUGGACUUAUUGUUGUUGUUGUAGUUUGUCGUUGUUAUAGUUUCUGUCUUACUCUAGUGACAUUAGUGACAUUCCUUGUAAUGAUCAUGCACAUGAUUAAAUUUGAGGGAUGAUAAUUGAAUAUAUAGUUAUAUACAAA